AUGGGUUAUCAAUUGCUAAAAUCCAUUGUUAAGCGAGAGAGAGUACGGGUGAAAUUUCGAGCGGCGAAGCUAAGGAAAACCCAGAGAAGCAGAAUAGCCCGGACAUCGGCUGGAAUCUUGAAAUUGUUGGAGUUUUCCUCAAGGUCGCCGAUAAAUCCAAAUGGAUCGUUGGUGGCUAUCGAACGUUGUGAAUGGAGAAUAAGGGCUGCCGAAAGUGAAAGAAUCGAGCUUUAUAUUACGUCAUUAAGUAUUUACGAAAGUCCUGAUUGUACAGUUGAUUAUUUGGAAAUCAAAAAUGGCUACCGCGCUAAUAGUACAGUUUUGGCUCGUUAUUGUGGAAAUAGUUAUGUAGCCAAUUUGAUUGCUAGUAAUUACUUGCUAGUGACAUAUGUCAAAACAAGUGACAAAAGUAUUUACAGUGGGUUCCAAGCUGAUUACAAGACUAUUUGCGGAGGUGAUCUUGACAUUAAGAAAGAUACACCUUUCAGUAUAGAAUCGACGAAUUAUCCUGACGAGUAUCCGCCAAAUAGACGGUGUAUUUGGUACUUUACAGCACCAGAUAAUCAUCGUAUAGCAAUGAAGAUCAAUUACUUUGCUCUUGAAAUGAGUUACGGUUGUAAAAAUGAUUUUCUCGAAAUAAGCGACGGCAAUGAUGAACAUGCAACUCUUAUUGGACUCUACUGUGGUACCAAAAACUCUUGGCAAGUUAAUUCAACGGAUAAUAAAUUGUCUGUUGUAUUUGUUAGUAAUAAAAUAAAUCAGGAUAAUGGAUUUUCAGCCACUUUAGCAUUACUGUAGGUAGUUAAUCUAUUAAAUUAAUAUUCAUAAGGCUGACUGGACAAAAUAAACACUCCAUUCCUAUCUAAAUGGUUUAAUUUUUACUUUAAAUUGAUCUUUUCAAUUA